AGAAGAUGGAGGGGAGGAGGUGGAGAAGGGUAAGACUGAGAAAGAGGAGAUGAAGAUGAAGACAAUGAAGACAAAGAUGAAGAGAAGGAAAAUGAACAUGAUGAAGAUUAAGAAAAUGAAGCUGUAGAAUAGGAGGAUUAUAAGAAAAUGAAAGAGAAGGAGAAGAAAGAGGAGCAGGAGGAGGAGGGAGAACGUGGAGAAAAUGGAGAGGAGGUGGAGGAGAUGAAGGAUGAGGAUGAGAAGAUGAAAGAGGAGAGAUGGAGAAGGUGGAAAUAGAGAAGAUCGAGGAGAAGAUCGAUGAAGGAGGAGGAGGAGGAGAAGAUGGAGGAGGAAGAGGAGAAGGCUGAGUAGGAGAUGAUGGAGGAAGAGAAGAUGGAGGCAGAGGAGAUGAAGAUGAAGACAAGGAACAAAAAUGAAGAUCAAGAAAAUGAAAAUGAAGACAACAAAGAUGAAGAUAAUGAAGAUGAGGAUGAAGAUAAUGAAGACCAUGAAGAUGAAGAUAAUGAAGAUGGAGAUGAAGAUGAAGAUAAGGAAGACGAUGAUGAAGACGAAAACAAUGAAGACAAAGACGAGGAUGAAGAUAAUGAAGAUGAAGGUGAAGAUAAGGAAGAUGAAGAUGAUGAAGAGAAAGAUAAUGAAGACAAUGAAGAUGAAGAUGAAGAUAAGGAAAAUGAUGAUGAAGAUGAAAACAAAGACGAAGAUGAUGAAAAUGAAGAUGAAUAGGAGUUAGAAGGAAAUGAGAGGAGCAGGAAGGAGGGGGAGAAGAUGAAGGAGGAGGAGGAGGAGAUGGAGGAGAGGGAGGAGGAGCAGGCGCAGAAGAGAAAAUGGAGAAGGAAGAGGAGGGGAAGAUGGAGGGAGAGAAGACGGAGGA